AUGUCCCUAGUCGAAGGGCAGCGCUUCCAUUUCAGCCCCAGCUGCCCCACUCUAAGGAGCGGCGAGCCUCGCUCGCCGCACCGUGUCACACCCCAGUUCUGCCCCGGCAGCCGUGACCCGCCCAGAAAUUCCAAACGCCGUCCCGAGCAGGAAGAGAAUUAUGAUCGCCGCACCUCGCAGCGGCGAAUGGGCCAAGAGCGAGGAAGGAACAGGGGGAUAGGACGUGGGCGGUUCCCUGCUUCCUUUUUUGCAAACCAUUUGCCUUUAGAGAGAGGCCCUGGAGGAGCAGUGAUGCGGCUGCUGGCCUCGGCCGGACUAGGGGAGGUGCUGCUGCUGCUGCUGGGUUCCCUGCUAGCACACAUCCACUGUGAAGAGGUGUUUGGCAUCUUGGGAGAAAAUUAUACUUUUCCAGUAAAAAUAAACAAAUCGUUAGUGGAAAUUAUUUGGAAGAAAAACAAAGAUAAAGUUGCUGAAUGGGAUGAACAAAGCCAAGCUGUGUAUUUUACUUCUCUGAAGAACAGAGGAUCACUUAACAACGAGACUGGCAGCUUGACCAUAUUUAACCUAGAGGAGAAUGACACUGCCACAUAUGUGUUGGAGUAUUUGCCUUUUGAUGAAAACAGUGUCAGUUUAACCUUUAUACUUACUGUGUUAGAUCCUCCUUCUGAACCUACAAUAAGUUGCAAUGUCAGUGACGACAACCUCGUGUUAAUGUGUGCUGCAGAUUUCAAGAGACCUCUGACAUACAGUUGGGACUUUGGUAGAAUAACAGACUAUAAGCAGCAGCAAAAUGUUGUCUUCCUUAAAAAGAAUGUUGAUGUUUCAGAGAAAGUGACAUGCCUCAUUGAAGUCUCUCAAACAGCAAAGAGCUCUGAAUUCUCUUUGGCUGAAUGCUUUCCAGAUCUUAAAUCAUAA